AUGAGGACUCUCAACAACAUCUGUAAAAUGUCUCUUAGGUUCAUCACUAAUGUUUUAACAAAGUUGCUUUGCCAACAUCAAGGAAGCUUAGACUUCAAGAAUCUCCAGAAGAUACUACAGGAAAAUUACUCAUGUCUCGAGAAGGUUGUUUCUGAUGUGUUGUCUGACAGUUCUAGAUUCGUCAUCAUUGAAGGCGAUGAACCCAGCGGCAAUUUGAUCUUCAGUCCUGACACGUUAAUAGUUGCAAAAACUUCUUUGCGAGUUUGUCAGAGCCUCCCAGACCAAUGUGAAUGGUGUGAGAACCUGCACCUGUGCAGGUAUUUUGUGUGUGGUGACUGCAAAAAUGGGACAAAAUGUAGAUUCUCCCACAAUUUGGAUUCCUUGCACAAUAGCGAGGUUUUGAAGAGAGUAGAUGUGAUGUAUCUUGAAGAAGAGGAGUUGUUUCAGCUUUUGCUGCAGAAUGACCCUUACCUGUUGCCAGAGGUCUGUCCUCAUUAUAACAAGGGCAAUGGUGACCAUGGAUCCUGUAGGUUUAAGGCAGCCUGCACCAACCUCCACAUCUGCCGGCAUUUUUUACAGGAUGACUGUAAAUUUAGAGCUGAAUGUAAACGCGCUCACGCUUUUGAUGCAAAAAGUACAAAAAUUCUGAGUGGCAAGAGUCUGAGUUCAGCCAACAUUGACAUCAUCUACAAGAUUUACAAGAACAAGCUCCUCAUAACCCAUUACAAAGACAAAACAGUCUUGAAGAUCCCUGAGAAAAUUAUGUCGAUGGUGAAAGAUCGUCCCAAGAAAACAUCUACAAAUUUAAUAUCAGAGCCAGAUCAGAAUGAAAUCUGCCUCUACUUCAUACUCAGAAGAUGUCACUUCAGAGGAAACUGUGCUCGUGUUCAUCACCAUCUGCCAUACAAGUGGCAGGUACUGGACAGGGAUGGAGAGACAUGGAGAGAUUUUCCCAAUGGGGAGGACAUUGAGAGGGCUUACUGUGACCCAGCAAACGACAAGAGUGAUUCUGGGAAUCAGUCAGUGGACUUUGUCUCAAUGACAUGUCAGGGGCUGUCGGUUCGUCGCCUCUCCACUGUAUCGUCCAUAACCCGACCUCCUAAUUUCAUUCUGACCACUGAGUGGCACUGGUACUGGAAGAAUGAACAAGGAGUCUGGACUGAAUAUGGACAACUGGGAGAUGAAAAAGAUGAGGCUACAAUUACCUCUCGGACUCUGGAGAAUGUUUAUACGAACAGCACUGAAAACGAAAUUUUCCUCAGCAAUUACAAACUCCAUUUCAAAGAUAUGUAUGAACAAAAUAUGAGGAACAAUGUGAAAAGAACUGUUCGGAGGAGGCCACGGUUUGUUUCUGCUCAGGAGGUUGAGAACAAGUUGAAAAGGUAUAUCACAACAAUUCUCACAUAG